AAUAAACUGUAAGGCUGGUUUGUCAGCUAGCUAGUCAGUAGCUUUGUGGAGCUUGACAGCAGCAGUUUUUCUCCCAGAUGUGUUGGCUGCUGAGCGUAUGUUUGUACAAAAUGCAACUGAUACCGUAGCAAGAUGCUGAAACACUUUGACAGGGACUCGCUUCGCGAGUUUCCCAGCUUCAUGACCCGAAAAUGUUAUUCUUCACCUGAGGUUCAGUGACACCAGAAAACGACUAUAUAGUCCAUACACAGCUACUGUUGACUCAUCUUGUCUGACUGGUUAAAGAUGGAUGAAGUAAUGGAUUCUCAAAGUGUGACUCCUGAAGUCAAGUCAGAGGAUGUAAAGAGUGAUUCUCCAAAAACAAACUUGUCAGAUGGAGAAGAUGAACUCUUUAGUCGACCACAAAAGUCUGACACUACAAAAGAUGUAGUACUAACAGAGGACACACAAGAUGACAUAGUAUCUCUACAUUCAAUGGACGUUGGGUCUGCAGGUGGGCUGGAUGAAUCUGACCCUGCUGGCAGCAGAAGUAACACAGCUCAAACACACUGUUCUAAUGGGCAGAAAUCUAAGAGGCCUAGUUCACCUGGUCCCCACCGUGUUAAAGCAACCUGUGUUGAUGGAAACGUUACUCAACCCCUCUGUCUUACUAAUAGUAAUAGUCCCAUGAAGGAUGCAAGUAUAUCCAGUGAUGUAGAGAUGCUGAGUCCCGACAGUCAGCAGCCGAUGGUCACCAGCAGUUCUUCAGAAAAAGUUCAUGACAGCAGUGUUUGCUCAGAGAUCUCUGGCAUUGCAAAGGCUCAGGAAUCUCACGGGUUUGUCAAUGACUGUGAGUCUGGGGGUUUGGCCCAAGAAAGAGCCCAUCAGGUUGCCGUGGGGACUGGUGAUGCUGAGAUAGCUGAGUGCAGUGGCCCAGGUGAUGGGAGCCAGGACUCAAUUGGAAGCCAUGCUUCAUUCAUAUUGCAUAACAUGGACAAAGGUUGGCUGGGGACACCCAUAGAUGAACUGAACCGAAUGCCUCAGUGUGCCCCUCCUUUGUUUCACUUGAAAGUAGCGCAUGAUCACACAAUCACAGUCAGGACAGACCUCCUCAGAGAAGGAGAGGUUCCUGUUCCAUACCCUAGCAAGUUCAAAGACGCAUGGGAUGAUGUGUCAGUGAAGAUGCCCUGCUCUGAGAAGAAUUUGUUUCCUAUGGAGGCUGAGAAUGGAAGUGGUCUCCAGAGCCGGUGGGAGCUCAUCCAAACUGCCUUGAAGGGAGGGUUCAAAUGUUUUCUGGAUGUUAGGGAUGCAAUAUUGAGAUACAACAUAGCCCAUGCAAAACGAUGGGACUUCACUGCCUUGAACCUUCUUUGCACAGAGUAUCUUGAGCACUGCGAAGUGCAGUACUUGCUUGAGAAUAUACUACCAGCCAUGGUCGACCUGGCACUCAGUGCUCCUCGCCUCUGCACGAUGCCAAUUCCCUUACUGAAGUCAAGGAUGAACCAUUCCCUGACUCUAUCUCAGGAGCAAAUAGCUUGUCUUCUGGCAAACGCCUUCUUCUGCACAUUCCCCCGACGCAACUCACGCAAGUCAGAGUAUGGCAAUUAUCCUGAAAUCAACUUCUGCAGGUUAUUUGAAGGUUCUUCACCAAGAAAAAUUGAGAAAUUGAAAACUCUGCUGUGUUACUUCAGGAGAGUUACACAAAACAUGCCCAAGGGUCUUGUUACAUUCAAAAGACAAGUACUGAACAAUCCUCCAAACUGGGAAAGCUCCCAGACUCAGCUGACACGCCUACAUAUCACUUCCAAGGGGACAAUUGAGGAGGAUGGAUAUGGGAUGCUGCAGGUGGACUUUGCGAAUAUGUUUGUCGGUGGAGGAGUGACAGGACAUGGAUUAGUCCAGGAAGAAAUCAGAUUCCUGAUCAACCCUGAACUCAUUGUCUCUCGCCUCUUCACUGAAGCUUUGGACUACAAUGAAUGCCUCAUCAUCACGGGCACCGAACAGUACAGUAAAUAUUCGGGUUACAGUGAGAGUUUCAAAUGGAAACACAGCUACAAGGAUGAGACUCCAAGGGAUGAAUGGCAGAGACGAUGCACAGAGAUUGUGGCCAUUGAUGCUCUUAGGUUCAGGAACUUCUUAGAGCAGUUUCUCCCAGAGAAGAUCAUCAGAGAACUCAACAAGGCGUACUGUGGAUUCUUCCGAAAUGGCACCAAUAGAGAGCACCUCUCUGCAGUAGCCACGGGCAACUGGGGCUGUGGAGUUUUUGGUGGAGACACACGGCUCAAAGCAUUGAUCCAGUUGAUGGCUGCAGCAGAGGCGGGGAGAGACUUGGCGUACUUCACAUUUGGAGAUAUGCAGCUCAUGAGAGAUGUUUGUGAAAUGCACGCUUUUCUCACCGAGAAACAAGUCACUGUUGGGCGGCUGUACGGCCUUUUAAACCAGUACUCCAGUGCGGUGUGUAAGAAUUGCCACACGACUCGGCCUGAUGUCACUCUCUACAGUUUCAUCUAUGAGAAGCUUUCUUCCCGAACACCCACCAAUGUCCUGGACUCUGCCAAGGAUUCUGGGAUGUCUCCUAUAACAUCAGACUCUCAUUAACACUGGGGGAGCUGCAACUUAACGUCCCUUCCCCUGUCUCUUUGUGUAAGAGAGACUCCAGGUUCACAAACCCGAUUUUCUGUCAGUCUCGUGCUUACAACCACCCUUUUCUCUCACACACUCCCUUUAGGUUUGUGAUGCCAGCACACAAACUACCAAAACACAGUUUUGCCUUUCAUGCUGGUGGUAUUAUAGGAGCCUCAUAGUACAUCACCAAAUGUGGUGAAAUGUUUCAGAGACUUAUAGCAAUAGUAAAUCCUGGUUGCUGUUAGGCCUUUCUAUAGUCUAAAUGUGAUGUGGAAUUCUUUGUUUUUACAUAUUAAUUACAAAUUUGGCCAAAUAUUCAUCAUAUGCAUGGUUGUGGACAUUUCACUAUUGAUAAUCCAUGACAUGGCAUUUGUCAUGUCUUAUAUUGUGUUUGCUACUUUUUUGGAUUGACUUGUCCUCUCUAUUUACCAUGUCCAGGCUGGGGAGAGGUUCUUGAAUGCAGAGAGGUGAAGAGAUGCCAUACUGUAGUCUAUGCAUGGGAAACAUUUAUUUAUCAAAUAUUUUACAGAUAUAUGCUGCUCUUUCAUAUCCUCUAGGAUGUCGAAGUUUAACACACAUUGUCCUUAAGGCUUAUUUUUUAAUAUGAGUCAACGCAGUCAAUAAAAUGAUCACUAGUAUGAGAGUCAUCUCAGAUGAAACAA